AUGGCUGCGACCGGCCUUGGCUGCCCUGCGCCUCUGCAGGCCGAUGGUGACCGCCAAGGGCUGCCCCUGGUGGCGCGCGCGGACGGUCAGGGCGGCUCGGACGGCGUCGAUUGGGCGACGGACGUGGUGAACGGCCUGGCGGCAAUAGUGGUGGUCGCUGCUGAGGCAGCGUAUCAAGUUGCGGUGGAGCGUCUGGGAGCUGGCUGGGAGCUGGCGUGGCUCACUGCUGGAGCAUGGAGCGUGCUGGCCAAGUUAUGCGACAUGCGCUACUGCAGGUAUUUCCGUGGGCCUGCCGUACAAAUGCGGCCGCUCCGAACUCGCGUGUGGAAGUGUUACGAGGCCCUGCUGGCCACCCCAUUGGUUGUGCUGGAGUCCAAGGGCGAGCACGAAGACGGGCUGGGGAGGUUGCUCUACAAGUGGCUUGACGCCCUCCACGAGUGGUGGUGCGUCUUCUUGCCUGAGACUUGGGCAUCGGGACGGAAGGCGUGCUCCAAGUACUGCACGGGCGCGAGUCUGGAGUCUGGCCGUUCGGUCGCCCGUGCCAAGGUUGUCGCCAAGGUGGUAUGGACGCUGACGUCCCUGAUCCUGUUCUCGGCGUUCUACGCCGUACUGUUCAUCUACGAAGUCGUCGAGUGGAUCUGCCAGGGCGUGGCCGGCGUGUUCGCCGUAGUCGUGGUCUUCGAUUGCUGGUUCGCCUCCGAGGAGGGCGAGCAGGCAAUAGUGACUAACUACUGGUUGCUGGUGGUGAAUGUUUGGUUUGCGCUGGGAUACGCUGCGUGGUGCGCGGCUCUCGAGGAGCAGGAGCAGGCUGAGCGUCUAAGUGAGGAAUUCUGGAGGAUGGACGGCGGGGUCAAUGCGCCGAGAGUGCAGCAAGGAGAGAAGUGGAUCAAGCUGCGUGCGCUCGGCGAGGACGCCGAGAUGCAGUCGGGGAGGAUGUCCCGAAAGUUGUGGGCCGUGGACCGGGUUGGAGACCCGUGGGCCGCUACCCGGAGGUAUCUCGGAGAGAUGAUGUGUUUCGCCGUGGAUGAGCGGGAACGGAGUCACCCGAAGGCGCUGAAACGCAAGGAUCUGCAGAGGUAG